CAGAAUAAUAUAACGAGAAGGGUCAGAGCUUCGAGUAUAAUCCAGAGGGUUUCCAACUCUGAACAGGUGUUAGGGUUUAUUUCCCGUUUGGGGACGACGACGAGACGAGGCCACUCCCUUUCUCUCUUUCUAAAGGUCGACCGGCCGAGCUGAGCCCUAGUCUGUUUAUCUGCAAGAUUCACUGCUUUGCAUGGUGGAAAAGCCGGCGAAUUUCAAGAAACGAGGCGAAAAUUAUCUGUUUGUCGUGCCCGCGUUUACCGCGUGGAUCUCUCGCGCUGAUCAGGUCAGAUGUUGAUUAAUGGAUCCUGAAGGCAACAAGUUUGGAAGAGGGCCCAGAGAACUAACAGGUGCUGUGGAUCUUAUAAGUCACUACAAGUUGUUGCCGCACUUUGAGUUCUUCUGCAAGAGGCCACUUCCUUUGUCGAUUUCAGAUACGCACUAUCUUCACAAUGUGGUGGGAGACUCUGAAAUUAGGAAAGGGGAAGGGAUGCAAUUAGAUCAGCUCAUUCAGGAUACCUCUUAUUCAAGAGAAACAAAUGCUCGCAUACAGCCUUUUGACUUAGAUGUCCUCAGAGAAGCCUUUCAACUCAGAGAAACUGGUCCAAUUGAUCUGCCUACUGCAGAUAAGGGGAUCCCUACUAUUGCUGGGAAAUCUAAAAGUGAGUCCAAAGACAAGGAAAGGAAGCAUAAAAAGCACAAGGACAAAGAUAGGGAGAAGGAUAAAGAACAUAAGAAGCACAAACACCGUCACAAGGAUCGAAGCAAAGACAAGGACAAGGAAAAAAAGAAAGAUAGAGGCGGGCUUCAUGAUACUGGUGCCGAACACUCUAAGAAACACCAUGACAAGAAAAGGAAGCAUGAUGGAGAUGAAGAUCUCAAUGACCUUCACAGUCACAAGAAAAGCAAGCAUAAGAGCUCAAAGAUUGAUGAGAUGGGUGCCAUAAGAGUACCAGGUUGAAAGAGCACAUAUGGCCUAUUUUAUAUUUUGUCAGAUGUUCGGUUCAGAAUUUUGAGGGUCUGUGCGAACUGUUGACAAGCCAUCUAAGGACUCUCGACGAACAAACAAUUGUCAUGGAGGUGAAUUCACCUGCCGAAAGGUAUUUGAGUGUAUAGUGCAAACAGCUGAAAAUGAACUUUUGUAUCAUAAGGUCUCUGAUAUAAUGGGUAGUGACAUGCAGAACUUUAUCCUUUCUUCAGUUUAGUGAUGCUUUGGAUAUCUCAUCAAAUAUUCAUUGCCAUUAUAUUGGUUGUGUAGAAUUUUAAAGUUUCAUAAUCAGUUGAUAUCUGCUUGCAGCUGAGGAUGGUGGAAGGAGUAGGUUAAGUGCUAGUCUAUAUUCUUCACAUUUGUCCUUGAGACAACACUUAACACAUCAACACUAUUCAGAGAAGGAUUACCCUGUACCAGUUUUCUUAUGUAUUCUUUGAUGAGUCCCCCUUGAUUCUGCCGGAGGUUUUGUAACUUAAAAAGAAAAGUGAAAUUCGGCUGGAGACUUAGACGAAGCGAAUAGUGCCAUUAAACCAACCAUUGUAUAUAGUGGGGUUGUUAAUUCCAUUUCAACUUUUAUAUUUUCCAAUGGUAUUCAACCAUAUAGCGGUUAGAGGCAGUUUCUACGAAGUUGAAUAAUGCCUAUGAUUUUGGCUCAUGUUUUGCCAAAAUCUUAAGUUCUCCUUGGAGUUAUUUAGAUCUCACCCAAGCUUUGGGAGUACCAUCUUCAUGCUGCUGAGUAGAUUUCAAGGUUCUGCUUGGUGUAGUGAGGCUGUGAGAGCGUGUUUGUGGAAUAUAAUAUAGCUAUUUUUGGUUCAUCAAUCAUGGAGUGUUUCCCCUGAUGCCCCACCUGCUGUCAUUUUCAUGUACCAUUGGCAUCUUUCUUCUUGUUUUGGGGCUGCGAAGAAGAUGGAUGUGAUGUCUUCCUGCAGUGGAGGAAUACUUCCCUUCCAAAAAAUUAGAAGCAUGAUUUUCUGGUGUUGAAGUGUGUGGGUCACCUCUGAGUCCCUGCCACCAUCCCAUCCAAGUAUUAUCAUAUUAUGCAUCUUGUGACCGGUCCUGUGAUUGAUUUUGCUAUGCGUUUAUAAAUAAUUGCUUCAGGGGGAAUUCUAUGGUACUUAUGGAUACUAAUAUUAUCUAUGAUAUUAGAAGCUUUAUGUACAAUAAGGGUGAAUUAUAUAAUUAUUGUAUAAAGAUUAUUCAUGUAUAUAAUAUUUUUUGUGUUAUAUAAUACAUCUUACAUCA